CACACCCUUUUCCUUUGUUUAUAGAAAGAGAGAGAAAGAGAACAGUGAGACACAGAACACAGAUAGAGAGAGUAGUGUUUCAGAGACAACCUCUUACCUUCGUCAUUGAACCUUUCCAAAUUUGCCUGUCUUUUUUUCCUUGUUCCCAGCUCCUUCUUUUACAAAGCACACCUCCAGCAAUAGUAACUACUUCUUCUUAGUAGAAUCUCAAAGCAAAUUCUCAGCAUUUGCCAACCUUGUUCUGCUCUUCACUUAACUUUCCUACAAGUUGGAUUUGUUGAGGUGGUCGAAAAUAGCUUCAAGGGGGUUGACCUGGUUCUUCUUCUGUUUUUGGAGGAUGCUUCUGUGAUUGAGUUCACUGAGAGGUGUGUACUGAAGAUUAAAGGAUGAGGUGGAGAUCAAUGGGUUGGAAGAGAUCUGGUUUGGAGUGGAAGAGGGUGAAGAUCUAUGAACAACUUCUAUUGGUAUAUUUGUUGAUCUGCACAAUUCAGACUUCAAGUGCAGCCACUGAUCCCACUGAUGUUGCUGCAAUUAAUAGCUUAUACAUUGCACUGGGAUCCCCUGUUUUGCCUGGGUGGGUUGCUAGUGGAGGAGAUCCAUGUGGAGAAGGUUGGCAAGGCAUUCUGUGUAAUGGAUCAUUCAUACAAAAAAUAGUUCUAAAUGGUGCAAAUUUGGGAGGAGAACUGGGAGAUAAACUGUCAACUUUUGUUUCAAUCUCAGUAAUUGAUCUAAGCAGCAACAACAUUGGAGGAAAUAUUCCAUCCAGUUUGCCAGUUACCUUGAGAAACUUUUUUCUUGCAGCCAACCAGUUCACUGGAAGUAUUCCGGCAUCUUUAUCCACUUUGACUGGACUGACAGACAUGUCUCUCAACGAAAACUUUUUAACUGGAGAAAUACCAGAUGCUUUUCAGUCACUUACGCAAUUGAUCAAUCUAGAUUUAUCUCAAAAUAAUUUGAGUGGGAAAUUGCCUCCUUCUAUGGAUAACUUGUUGGCUCUGACCACCCUACGCUUACAGAACAAUCAACUGUCUGGGACACUUGAUGUUUUACAAGACCUUCCUCUGAAAGAUUUGAAUGUUGAGAACAACCAGUUUGCUGGCCCAAUACCUCCAAAGUUGCUAAGCAUCCCUGCCUUCAGACAAGCUGGAAACCCAUUUAAUGUUAGUGGUAGUACUACAACUCCUGCUUCUUCUCCUCGCUCCCCAGCAAUAGCACCACCAGGAACUCCGGUUUCUGGGACACCACCAUCUUCAGGCCGUGUACCUACUAAACAGGCUGAUGGACCAACUGCAGCAAAUGAAUCACAUACUGGGAAAUCCAAAAAAUCCACAAAAAGGGUGGUUUGGAUAUCUAUUGCUAGUGUGUUGGGAUUCAUUAUUUUGUUACUAGGAUUUAUUCUCUUUAUUCCAAGGUGUAGCAGAAGAGAACGGGAUGACAGAAGAUCCAAGCGACAUCAAAUUGGUGCAUAUGGAGGUGAAAGACAAAGUGCUAGGGAUUUAGUCCAACCACGUAGUCAAAUGGAAAAAGUACCAGUAGGGGAUGUUCCAAAGCCAAAAGAGGGUCAUCAUGCUGAGAGCCGGAGAACUUGGGUUAAUCCAAAUCCACAGGGUGAGCAAGAGAAGGAUGUGCAUAGAAUGGAAACAAUACCAAAGCCAAGACAGCAUGAGAUAGAUAUGAAUACACUAGAAGUAUAUUCAAUGCCUCCUCCUCCUCCUCCUCCCCCUCCACCCCCACCCCCACCCCCACCACCUCCCCCGCCUCCACCCCCGCCUCCUCCUCCUCCUCCUCCUCCUCCAACUGAGAAGGUGAUUGUUGAGCCAGCCUCAUCCAGUAGAGGGACUAAUGUCAAUCCACCCAUUAGAAGUUCAGUUCCUCCUCCCACUUUUGCAAAAUUUUUUGCCAUUGCAUCCCUUCAACAGUAUACAAAUAGCUUUUCUGAAGAAAAUCUUAUAGGAGGAGGCAUGCUGGGUAAUGUGUAUAGAGCAGAGCUUCCUAAUGGCCAGUUACUUGCUGUAAAGAAACUGGACAAGAGAGCCUCCGCACACCAGAAGGAUGAUGAAUUUCUUAAAUUGAUAAAUAGUAUUGACAGAAUACGGCAUGCAAAUGUUGUUGAACUUGUUGGAUACUGUUCAGAGCAUGGUCAAAGACUUCUGAUCUAUGAGUACUGCAGUAAUGGAUCACUGUUUGAUGCACUCCACUCAGAUGAUGACUUCAAAACAAGACUCUCGUGGAAUUCUCGUAUUCGGAUAUCACUUGGGGCAGCCAGAGCCUUAGAAUAUCUGCAUGAGCAAUGUCAGCCACCUGUAGUACAUAGAAAUUUGAAGUCUGCCAAUAUUCUCCUUGAUGAUGAUCUAUCCGUGCGGGUCUCUGAUUGUGGUUUAGCUCCAUUAAUAGCUUCAGGAUCUGUCAGUCAGCUCUCGGGGAACCUGUUAACUGCUUAUGGCUAUGGAGCUCCUGAAUUUGAGUCUGGAAUUUACACAUAUCAAAGUGAUGUGUACAGCUUUGGAGUGAUUAUGUUAGAACUUUUGACUGGCCGUCCAUCGCACGAUAGGACACGACCACGAGGGGAGCAAUUUCUGGUCAGAUGGGCAGUUCCUCAACUACAUGAUAUCGAUGCGUUAUCAAGGAUGGUUGAUCCUUCAUUAAAUGGAAAUUACCCUGCAAAAUCAUUGUCAAAUUUUGCAGACAUUAUCUCUAGAUGCCUUCAGUCUGAGCCAGAAUUUAGGCCAGCAAUGUCCGAGGUCGUCCUAUACUUGCUAAAUAUGAUAAGGAAGGAGUCUCAGCAAACUGAAUCAAAUGAAAAAUGAGAAAGGUAGUGACAUUUGUUUGUGAAUUUAUCAUAAUGUGCAGAGAUGAGAGAUCCACUUGCUGAAUAUCAACUUGUAGAGAUGUCAUGUCGUCUGAGGGGAGCCCAAUUAGUUGUCUCCAUGCUUCAUUAUUCCCUACUAACCUAUUCAACAUUCACAUGCCAAGUUCUACCAAGAGUUUUGUCCAAUCAAAAACUUAAGAGAAUGGUAGUGACCAACCUCAUAUUUGUAGUCUUAUGAUAUCUGAUAAUUUCAUAGUGGAUUAAAAUAUGCCAUAUUAAUAUUGUAGAGACGUGCCAACUAACCCAUUUGUUUGAUAAUUGUUUCCCAAGUCUUGAUAGCAAAUGUAAUUCCGUUGUGGCAUCCUUGUGGUUUUUAGGUUCAUCCUUCGUAAUAAAAGUUUGUUGAUCAUUUGUAUUAAAUCACAGACAAGCAUUGUAAUUUAUUGAUUGUUCUUUGUACACUACAAAAAGAUGUUAGGAUAAAAUCAUUGUAUUUUGGUCUUUGAAAGAUCAGGACUUAUUCAUUUUAGGUCCAAAAUAAUUGUUAUCAAGGUAUCUGGAUUUUUAAUUUGUCAGUA